CGCCCCACCGCCAAGGCAGGCUGCGCACGUCUCUGUCUGUCCUCGCGCUGCCGCUGCCUCGCCUGCCUCUGCCUCGCCGCUAGUUGUUGCUGUUGUUGCCACUAGCAGCCGCUACCGACGAGACGUCGACGGCGACCCGGCCCUGCCCACCCCGUCAAUUCCCACCGAAACUACCCGCCCGCCCUGCCUUUCCGGGGGAGCGGAACCACCACCGCCCCCGCCCGCGCCGACGCUAGGGUUUGGGCCAUGGAGCUGCCCCCCGGCGCCGCCCGCCGCACGACCUACUCCCUCCUCUCCCAGUUCCCCGACGACGCCGCGGCCGGCGGGCCGGGGCCGGCCCCCGCCAACGUCCUGCAGCGCCAGUCCAGCGGCAGCAGCUACGGCGCGGGGAGCUCCGUCUCCGCCUCCAGCGACUACCCCUUCCACCUCCCGCCGCCCGCCUCGGCCGCCGCGGGGCCCGGAUCGGCGGCGGCGGCGCCCGGGGGGUCGUCGCCCUGCAAGAGCUGGGCGCAGCAGGCCGAGGAGACCUACCAGCUGCAGCUCGCGCUCGCGCUCCGCCUCUGCGCCGACGCCGCCUGCGCCGCCGACCCCGGGUUCCUCGACCCCGGCGACCCCGGGAGCGGCGGGAGGGGCAGCGGGAACGGGAGGGCCUUCCCGCUCGCGCAGCCCGCGCCCUCCGCCGAGUCCCUCUCCCAUCGCUUCUGGGUGAAUGGCUCGCUAUCAUACAACAGCACAAUACCAGAUGGAUUUUAUGUGAUUCAUGGGUUAGACCCCUUCGUGUGGUCACUAUGCACGGAUGUGCAUGAAGAGAACCGCAUACCCACCAUGGAAUCACUCAAAUCUGUCCGUCCUGACGAUUCUUCAAUUCAAGCCAUUCUCAUCGAUCGGAGAACUGAUUUUGAUUUGGGUAUGCUGGAGAGUUAUGCUUCCAGCCUUUUGUCCAGUUGUACUGAUGCCAAGGAUGUGGUAAUCCAACUUGCCAAAGUUGUAUCUUCAAGGAUGGGGGGUACAGCGUCCAAUGAAGAGAACUUGUUUCCACGAUGGAAAGAGUGCAACGAGGCCAUCAAGUCAAGUACAGGAUCUGUUGCGCUUCAUCUGGGAAAGCUUCCUGUCGGUCUUUGCAAGCACCGCUCAUUGUUAUUCAAAAUGUUAGCAGAUAAAGUCAGUAUUCCAUGUAGAGUUGUCAAGGGUUGUAAAUAUUGUAAAUCUGAUGAUGCCUCCUCCUGUCUUGUACGCUUUGGGCUUGAAAGGGAAUACUUGGUUGAUUUAAUUGGGGAUCCCGGCCAACUUAGUGAUCCUGAUUCCUUUGUCAAUGGUCCCUACUCACUAUCGGUGUCCUCACCUCUUCAUCCUCCCAAAUUUAGGUCAUUGGAGAUCACUUCAAAUUUCAGCUUGGUAGCCAAGCAGUACUUCGCAGAUUGCCAUUCACUGAAUCUCUUGUUCAGUGAUUCUUCCACAGGUGCUACUAGUGCAGUAACUACUCUGGACCAACCUUAUUCCAAGAAACAUGUUGCUGGGGAUGAGACCAUGAACAACUGGAUGCCAGGAAAAGGGCAAGCAGCAAUGAAGCCGGACAUCAUUGUGCCAGAAGCUCCUCGUGAGGUUUUGCCACUAAUUUCCUCCAAUAUGAAGCUUGAUAAGAAGAAAGAAUUGAAGUUAAUUGAGGAGACUCAGCAGUUAAGACAUACAGUCAGUGAUCUGUCACUUGCUGCGGAUGAUCUGAUCAUUCCAUGGAACGAGCUGGUUUUAAAGGAGAAGAUUGGAGCAGGUUCUUUUGGAACAGUCCAUCGUGCUGAUUGGCAUGGAUCGGAUGUUGCAGUCAAAAUACUUAUGGAGCAGGAUUUUCAUCCGGAGCGCUUCAGGGAAUUUAUGAGGGAGGUUGCAAUUAUGAAAAGUCUGAGACAUCCAAAUAUUGUUUUAUUCAUGGGUGCUGUCACUGAACCGCCGAACCUAUCGAUAGUUACAGAAUACUUGUCUAGGGGUAGUUUGUAUAAACUUUUGCAUCGGAGUGGUGCGAAGGAAGUUCUGGAUGAGAGACGCCGAUUAAACAUGGCAUUUGACGUGGCCAAAGGAAUGAACUACCUGCAUAGACGCAGCCCUCCUAUUGUUCAUCGUGACCUGAAGUCUCCAAAUCUUCUAGUUGACAAGAAAUAUACUGUCAAAGUAUGUGACUUUGGCCUUUCAAGAUUGAAAGCUAACACCUUCCUGUCUUCCAAGUCUUUGGCUGGAACUCCUGAAUGGAUGGCACCUGAAGUGCUUCGAGAUGAACCAUCCAAUGAAAAAUCUGAUGUCUACAGUUUCGGUGUCAUCCUAUGGGAAUUAAUGACAUUGCAACAGCCAUGGUGUAACCUAAAUCCUGCCCAGGUGGUUGCUGCUGUAGGUUUUAAAGGUAGAAGGCUUGAAAUCCCUAAAGAUCUAAAUCCUCUAGUAGCCGCUUUAAUUGAAUCUUGCUGGGCGAACGAGCCAUGGCGAAGACCCUCAUUUACAAAUAUUAUGGAAGCUUUGAGACCAUUAAUUAAGGUUCCAGUGCCGCAGUUGAGUCGUUCAGAUUCGUAUGCUGCCAUUUUCAACAUUUCAGUCACAAAUCCCACAAAUGGAAAGGGGCUAAGUGAUAAAAUGGCAGCAGCUGCCCGGGUUGCGACCUGCGCUGCGUCCUCUUCCUCCUCGCUUCGCGGCUCGCGUUGCUCCCUUUCCACCUCGCUCCCUCUCCCCUCCUCGAUCCGAAACGCUGACGCGAAAUCAAAUCAAACCUGCUGCUGCGUCCACUGUCCGAGCCACCUCCCUUCCUCGUCCUCCUCCUCGCUUGCUCCCCCAAUCCAUUCCUCCCGAUUCCCAAACCCCAGCGGCGGCGCGGCCACCGAACCCUGUUCCGCGGGUUCGGCUUCGAUUGCCUCAGCCGCCUCGCAAACCCUAGCUCCCUUCCCCCCAUGCGCCCCAAACCCUAGCUUCCCUGCCAUGCGCGCCUCCGCUUCCGCGGCCCCCAUGGAGGCCUCCGCCUCCGCCCGCAGAUCCGCGCCGGGCCCCGACCCCGGCGCCAAGAAGCCGCGCCUCGGGCAGCCGCCGCCGCGGGACCCCAGAUCUUCGUCCUACGCCACCGCCUCCAAUGGCGCCGCCGCCAGCGCUGCCGAGCAGGCGCUGGUCGACGAGCUGCUCGGCCAGUACAGGACCGCGCUCGGUGAGCUAACCUUCAACUCCAAGCCCAUCAUCACCAACCUCACCAUCAUCGCCGGCGAGAACCUCCAGGCCGCCAAGCCCAUCGCCGCCCUCAUCUGCGCCAACAUACUCGAGGUUCCAAGUGAACAGAAGCUACCAUCUCUAUAUCUACUUGACAGUAUUGUCAAGAAUAUUGGAAAAGAUUAUGUUAAACAUUUCUCUGCAAGACUGCCAGAGGUUUUCUGCAAGGCGUAUAAACAAGUUGAUCCUUCUAUACAUCAUAGCAUGAGGCACCUUUUUGGAACAUGGAAAGGAGUGUUUCCUCCACUUCCGCUCCAAACGAUUGAGAAGGAACUUGGAUUUCAGACAUCUGCCAAUGGAUCGUCAAGUGCCGCACCAUCAAGGCCUGAUUCUCAGUCCCCGCGGCCAUCCAAUAGCAUACAUGUUAAUCCAAAAUAUUUGGAAGCAAGACAGCAGCUCAACCAACCAACUAAGGGGAUACUAGGAAGUGGUGCUAAGACAGCUGUAAUUGCCGAUGCAGGCGAUGAUGUUGAGAGGCCUAACAGGCUAGGUACUGACAGAAGUGCAGGGCGACGAUUAGAUGCUCCUAACGCUAGGCCUAACAUUCAGCGCACUCAGAGGGACCCUUUUAGCAAUCCAGUAAAUGAAAAACAGGCAGGUAGAGAUGUCAGGGGCCUUGGAUUCUCUAACAUUUCGCAGCAAGCUGUUGUUGGGACUGGUCAAGUUCGCUCAAAACCCAAAGGUCAAGAUGGAAUUGUAGGGCCGUAUUAUGCCACUGGUGUUGGCUCUUCUGAAGAACAAUUUGACCGGCGCAGCAACUUUUAUUCAAGCAAGGAUGUUCGGCCGUCAGGAUCUGUACGUUUGGAUAGUGCACUUCUUCCAACUCCUUCCAUUAAUUCUGAUAGAGUUGGUAGAUCUUCAUCAAACAAAAGUUGGAAGCACUCCGAGGAAGAAGAGUAUGUGUGGGAUGACGUACAUUCUCAAGCAGCAGAUUAUAGCGGUAACAAUACUGUAAGAAAAGGAGAAUGGAUGGCCGAUGAUGGCAAUGCUAAGUUUGCAAGCCUCCAAAGGGCUAAAUGGCCUGAGGUGGGAGCUGUUGAACAUUUGGACCCAAAUAUACAUAAACUAGAUAGCUUACCAAGAUUUGGACUUGCCACAGGUCAAGAUAGAAGACUUGCAGCAUACUUGGAUCAUGAAGAGUACAUUCAUGGUAAGCAUGAGGUGGAACCAAGAAUUGAUAGGGAAAUUAUGCCUGAUGGACAACAGUUCCCACCACCUCGAAGUUCCUCUCUCUGGGUGUCCCACGAAAAAACACACCCAGACAUUGGGCUGGAUCCUAGGAUAUCAAGGUUUUCCAAUCAGCCAGGAGAGAGGUCUACUAUUUAUACUGGUACCAUGUCAGCAAGUAUCACUUCAUCUGUACCUGUUGGGUUAUCAGGACCCUAUGCUGGAAGAUCAAGCCUAGAUAGUGCAAACAGUGUGCCAACACGAUCAACUGAGACCUUUGGGCAGCAGAAGCACAGAUAUUGGUCAUCUUCCCCUCCACCAGCUCACUCACCUUCAUCUACUGCACCCUUUGCACGUCAGAGUUCUCCAAAUCCUGCUGAGCCUGAUUUUUAUCCUUCCAGACCAUUUUCUCAAUUGGGCCAAAGUCCUCAAGAAGAAUAUAGCCAAAGAGCGGCAGCACUUGCUAAAGAUUCUCAUUUUAUUGCUCAAAAUGUUGGACUUACUCAGGGACAACCUAGUCUACAGGCAACUCAGCAGGCACAAAAAUAUCCUACCUUACAGUCAAAGCUACAUAGCAAGCCAACUGAUGAAGUGCAGGCAAGCUUUUCGCGUGAAAAUUCUCCAUCGCUGUUCAGACCUUCCAUCCAGCUUGGAGAAGUCUCUUUGCCCACUGAUUUGACCCCUAUAAGCUCAGAUUUGACAAGUGCUAGUAAUUUGUUGGCUGGUCUCAUUAAGAGUGGGUUCAAACCAAAUAACCCCAGCGAUUUUGCAAGUUUGGGGGCACAGCCUCUUGUUCCAAGUGGGCCACUUCCACAUACUCUGCCAUCUCCACCAGUGGCUUCUUCAUCACUGCAAAAUGCAGCUGGUGAAAAUACCACUCUGCAAACUCAGACAACAAACACUGCUCGUCCACCUUUGCCACCAGGUCUGCCACCACCUGCAUCAACACAGAGUGCGGAGAAAGCUGCACCUCUCUCAAGUCUGCUCAGUUCCCUGGUUGCAAAGGGAUUAAUCUCUACGCCAGCCACUGAAUCAUCCACCGCUGUCCCUUCACAGCCAAAUAAAUCAAGUGUGAACGCUACAAAUGUCACAGCUGCAGCUAUGCCUUUGCCAGCUCAGAUGCCUUCAGUUGGUAAGGAGGCAUCUAAUUCGGCUUCAUCUACCCCAACAAAUGUUUUGUUACCCAAAGGUGUCGAAAUCAAGACAGGUGACCUUAUUGGCCUGGAGUUCAAGCCAGAGAAACUUCGUAAGUACAAUGAACAUGUGAUUAGCAGCCUCUUUGGUGACCGAAACUAUCAGUGUAAACUCUGUGGUGAAAGGUUCAGUCUUGAAGACGAAUUGAGGUCACACACGACAUGCCGUGGGUCAAGGGAGUCUGAGACUAUCUAUGCUGGUAUGGCACCUAAAAAAUGGUACCCUAGCAAGAACAGUUACAUUGAUGGAUCACAUGAAAUGGAGGACAGCGCUGAGGCAUUUGAUGUGGAUUUAAGUUCUGGAGAAGAAGUGUGCGAGUUUAUGGUCCCUGCAGAUGAGAGCCAAAUCAUCUGUGCACUAUGUGGGGAGCCAUUUGAUGACUUCUAUUCUAUUGAGAAGGGGGACUGGAUGUACAAGGACACGGUGUUUCUGGAUUCCCCCAAUGGAGAAGGCAGCUGCGGAAGCAAUGUUGAGAGCAAAGAGCAGGUGCCCAUAGUUCAUGUAAGAUGUAUGCCAAGGGGCUCAAAUGACGGCAUGGAGGUGGACUAGCAUUAUUCUCGUGUACAGCAGCUGAAGCAGCAGCUAAGUCUACCGAGGGCAUUGAGAUGGGGGAGUGAAGAGGUUUGCACGAAGAGAUGUGCAACAGCAGCUAAUCUGUUGCAAUGGGGCUGAUGACGUACAUUUAAAUGGAUUAGUGGGAAAGGUGGCAGGCAGUAUCAAAAACAAAAUUUUGGUGAAGAGCUGAAAUCGUCCAUUUUUUAUCGUGCCCUGUAGAAAGUGCUUUGCACAAAGAAUAAAGCCCCCCAAGGAUCACUUUGGCCAUGUGAAUGAGAAUAAUCGAAAUCCUAAUAUUUUCGGUCUCCAUCAGAAGGAUCUUUCUGAUGACAGAAAGAAAAGCUUUGUAAGAGCUUGUCAAAAGAGUGUAUUGUUUAUUUACGAGGAAAAAGGGGAUGAUGAGCCCCGCAUGUAAUUCGGACACUGGUGUGUGUUUCUGACGGACACUUGCUCUCAUCUUUUGGAGUAGGGAUUUUGUACUUGAGAAGAAACCGAUAGUAAUAGAACAUGAUAGGCAGGGCUAAACAGGUUAGUUGUGAUUGAUUUGCUAUCGACCUGUCGUCCAAUUUUUCUUUUCAGUGCCAUGUGGUUCUGGUAACGCUUUUUCGAGUUGCACAGACGAAAUUCGGCAGACAGCGAACUCA